AUGGACGCAGCCACAUGCAAGGCCGAGUUCCCCCUCCUCUUUCCGCAGAUCGACGACAACCUUGCAGCGUGGCGGGCCAAGGGUGGGAUUUCGUUCCAGGAUCUCGACGAGGCCGCACGCACGUGCGAUCCGCGCUGGGGUAUGGCGCGUAUCGUGAUUCGCGACGGCCAGCUCUUCCUGCGCCAAGUGCGCGAGGGCGACGAAUCGCGCAUCUCGGCUCUGCUCCAUCUCAUCCACACCGCGGUGACGACCGACCCAUCGUCGACGUCGCAGGCAGGAAAUGACACGGGCAUCGAGCUGGUUCUGUCCGAAGCCGACCGGGAUGCAUCGCCCAACGAUGCCGUAUGGGCGAUCAGCAAACGCAUCGACGAACCCAAGUCCAAAGGAACAUGGCUGUUGCCCGAUUUUGGCUUUGCAGGUUGGCCCGAAACGGGCAUUGCGUCGUUCGACGAGUUCCUCCACCUCGCACAGCUGCAGGACCAGCUGGCUCCAUGGGACCACAAGGGGGAUAAGAUUCUGUGGCGCGGCUUGGCCAAUGGCUAUCCGCCUCGGGUGGAUCUGCUUGAUCGCACGGAUCCGCGCAAGGUUGCGGGUGCCGAGGCAUGGGCGGACGUGAAGCAGACGAGCUUUCACGAUGUCGGGGCCGAAUUCCACCCGCUCAUCCCCAUGCACGAGCACUGCCGACACAGGUACCUCGUGCAGACCGAGGGCAACAGCUACUCGGGUCGCGGCAAGUUCCUCUGGUCGUGCCGCAGUGUCACCGUCGCGCAUCCCAUGCAGUGGACGCAGCACUUUCACCCGGCCCUCAAUGCUGACCCGACCAGUCGUGCGCAAAACUUCAUCGAGCUGCCCGGUCCACUCUUCAAUGGCCUGGAAGAGACGACGCGACAGCUGCAAAAUACGGCGGGGAUUCCGAUCGAGCAGGAUCUGCAGACGACGCAGGGCGUUGCGGGUGCGCUCGGGGUAAAUCCGCCGCAGAGGAUUGCGGAUAAUGCGGUCGAGUCGCUAAGGAGGAGAUACCUUACUCCGGCUGCUACGGCAUGCUAUCUGCGUGCGGCGCUGGCGGCGUAUGCGCAGGUGCUCAAGACGGACACUUGGCCGCGCGAGGAGAAUGCACCCGCGUGGGACAAUGGCGGAACGGGCAUCGUGCCGCAUGGCGGACCGGGUGGCGGCGUCGCACCGGGUGGAGGCAGGGGCAAGGACCUCGUCAAGGUCGGCGUCAAGGGCGAUAUCGAGUACGGCGUCUGGCGCAUCUCGGGCAGCCCCAACUGGCCUCCCCAAUAG